AUGGUUGGCAGCUAUGACUUUGAAAAUAGUAUAAUUGUUGUAUACACACGAAUCACUCCCAAUCUAGUUGAGUUUUUACAAAACGACUUCAAUUUUGAGUUGACACUAAGACUAUUGGAUGAUUUAAAAUUACAAUUGAAGAUUCUGCAGUUGGUGCCACCACUCAGGUAUAAACAGUUGAUCUCAACUUUGUUUACGAGGUAUACCUUGAAUACAGUCUUGGGAAAACCAGCGUUUCAGAACUUAUCGUUUGAGUAUAACAGAUAUGGGAAGCCAUGCAUUGAAGGGCUUGAAUUCAAUACAUCCUCAUCAAAUAAUGUCGUUGUCGUUGUCAUUAAUUCAUUUCCAGUUGGAAUAGAUUUGUCACAUUCGAUGCAGAAUAUCUCCCCCACAAACUACCGGGAGCAGUUUGCACCAGUUUUUAACAAGUCGGAAUUGGAUCAGCUUGACUCCUACUUCAAGUUCAAUCAUUUUUGGACCUUGAAGGAAGCAUUCACCAAGUUUCUUGGGUGUGGAUUAAAUGUAAAUCUAGCUGAUUUCCACUUUCAGUUAGAUGCCGAGGACGAAUUUAAUGAAAAUGACUAUUUUGUGACUCAAUGCCCCAAUGAUCAAGCAAUAAAGCCUGUUAACGUAAGAUGGUAUGAUAAAAUUGCAACCAACGCCGAUAAGUUGUACGAGGAAAAGAAUGAGUUUGUUGUCGGUUUUGCUAAUGAAUUUUAUUGCCGUAGUAAUGUGAUUGAAAAAGCACACGGCGAUCUAUUACCCGUUAUUUGCUCGGUUGUCACGCAGCAAAGGAAUGCAGAGAUAAAAACUUACGAGAUGGAUUUCCUAACAGCGCUAGCGCAAAGUGAUUGUUCUUAA